UUUGCUGCCUCUCAAAUAGGCACGUCAUCUAAAUCUCCAAAGAUUUAGGCUGAUACCAUGGGUUCCGAAGUAGAUGAUUCUAAAGAAGUGGCAACAGAUGUCUUUAAUUCCAAAAGUUUGGCCAUUCAGGCCCAGAAGAAAAUUCUUGGCAAAAUGGCCUCCAAAUCAAUAGCAACUGCUCUGAUAGAUGACACCAGCAGUGAUGUGUUGGAUGAACUCUACCGAGUGACAAAGGAAUACAUUCAAAACAAGAAGGAAGCUGAGAAGAUAAUUAAAAAUCUCAUUAAAACUGUUAUCAAAUUAGCAAUCCUGUACCGGAAUAACCAGUUUAAUCAGGAAGAGACUGUACUUAUGGAGAAGUUCAAAAAAAAGGUUCACCAGUUGGCUAAAACUGUGGUGAGCUUCUAUCAAGUGGACUAUACCUUUGACAGGAAUUUUUUGUCAAAACUGUUGAAUGAGUGUAGAGAUCUACUUCAUCAAAUAAUUCACCGUCACCUGACUGCAAAAUCUCAUGGACGGGUCAACCAUGUGUUUGAUCAUUUCUCAGACUGUGAAUUUUUGGCUGCCUUAUACAAUCCAUUUGGAUCUUACAAGACUCACCUCCAAAGACUUUGUGAUGGUGUUAACAAAAUGCUAGAUGAAGGCAAUAUUUAAUUGCAUCAGUAUCAGUGGAUCGUGUAUUCAAAGGCUGAGGAUUGCUGGUGGUCUUAGGGAGUCAAUGAAAGAAUGAAGAAAGGCUAGAUAGUGUUAGGUUGGUGUAAGGAAGAAUUUAAUAUCAAUGGAUGCGUUGAAAAUUCUUCAACACAUUGACUUAUUUAUUUGGAAUUACCUAUUGCUGUUUCCUUUUUUUUUUUUUUUUGGUAAUACUAUGCUUUAAAAUAUGGAUUAAUAAAGCCAUAAAACAGGACUAUUCAAAUGAAAUAGGACUUCAUAAAAUAGGCAGGGAUAAUAAAACGUCAUAUUCUAAAAGUAUAAGAAUUUUAAUAAUCCGCUACUUGCAGAGAGCUGUGCUACCUACAUUGAAUGAACUUAAAACUGAACAGCUUUAACAAAACCUUUUUUUUCCCGAUUCAUUUAAAACUGCACUAUGCGUGAAUGUUUAAGUCACAUUGUUAUAGUUAUACUAUUGAAACAGUUAACUGGCUCUUUGAGCUGUAGAGCAUCCUUUUUUAAAUGUUCAGGGCUUCCACUAGGAAAUAACUAAAGUGGUGUGAGCUACUAUCUCCAUCAUCGUAGUAUCCCAUAUUGAUAACAUAGUCUUCACGUUGCUGUCCUCUAGUUAUUUUUGGAAUAAGCUUCCCAGGAGAAGAGACUGUGUUUCACACAAUGUGCUUCUGAGAAGCCCUGAAUUAAAUACGUACUUCCAGGGCAAUAACACUGGGCUUCUUUUACAUGGACCUUUCUUUAAUCAUCUUUAUGGUUUGAUUUCUUCUUCUGUUCUGGAAUGGUUUUGUAUUACUUAUCAAUGUGGUAGGCAUUUGACAAUCACUGAGGAUUUAUAGACAUCCCCCACAUCCUAAACAUGCCUAAUAGCACAGUGUCAUAUAUAGUUAAAAGUAUAAUGGCUUCCGGUUACAUUUUAUAGAAAAAUGUGCUUCCAGAUUAAAUUGUUCAAGAAAGAUGAAACUGGAAUAUGUGUGUUAUCCACAUAUAUGUAUAUUUCUAGAACAAGAUGACAGAAUGCAGUGAUCCUUAGAAAAAGAUAUGGGUAGUAAUCUGAAUCUAGAAACGAGUCUGUGAACCAAAUUUUUAAUAUUGUGUAAUUUUGUUUUAUUCAGAAACCAGUGUAUAUGUAAUGUAGGGUAAAUAUAUAGCAAAUGUUGGAAAAAUAUAUUGUAGCAGUUUGAAUAAGUUUGUUUAAUCUUCAGACUAUUGAAAAAAUGCUGAACAUGUAAUGCUUUACACUUCUGUAAACCAACAACUGGUUGAAAACUUUUACUUUUUCUUUAAUUGUCAGAUUUUUUAAAGCUUUGUGAGUAAACAGAAGAACAUUUGCACUCUUAAGUUUUAUGCAUGAUUUUCUGUGUCGCGAGAAAUUCAAAAAUAGACAUGGGCAAUUUAAUAACAUCCAAAUUGAUUUUUAACAUGGCUUUACAAUUUUCCAUUGAUUACUAUACAGUACUCCUUUUCUGCUAUGACUGUUUUUUUUUCCUCCUCUCUCUCUCUGCAAAUUAUGUGCUUUUAGCAUUGUCAGAUGAAUCAGAUUGUCCCCCCUCACUGGCAUAAUUUGUUAUAUUGAACUGAGAUAGGUAGAAUUCCAAGCAAAGAAAUCCCCAAGUAAAGACCCACUAGAAAUUCAGAUGUUAUCGAAGUAAGUGUGGCUGUUUUGACUUUUAGGGGAGUAUAAUAUUUUAAGACUGCUGUUGUAAUGAGGAAUUUAUUUAGAUGGGCCAAGGACUGAAGUGGGUAGGGCUGCAUCAACAUGUGGGUGGAUGAGGGAGUUCCCUUUUUUCUCCCUUUCAAAGCAGGCUCUACCCUCCCCCUUUUAAAAAACAAACCUACAUUAAGCCCAUUUUAGGGCUUAUAUGAAAACUGGGUUUUUUUGUUUUUUGUUUUGGUUUUUUUGCCUCAAAAUGGCAAGAGUCUAUCUGGUCUGUUUGUGGUUACACCCCCAAAAUUUCCAUUUUAUUUCACAAACAUAUUGGGGUAUUUAAGCAAAAUAUAACCCUGUAAUAUGUCAUAAAAUAUUUU